UGCAGCCGGUGUCGUCUGCGCUUUUCCUCCGGUCGUGAGGGAAAGUUUUAACAGAAGAAACCGUGGAGCGGCUUCACUUCAUGGAUUAAACUUUAAGACAAUCACAGGACAACUUCCGGACUCUAUGAUUCGACCAAAAACAUCGACAUUUAUUCAUCCACCACUAAAUUCAGAAACAUGGAGGAUCCAGACAGACCUCAGAGGAAAAUGUCAACAGCAGGAGACAGUUUGUACAAAGUCCUGGGCCUGGAGAAAGGAGCAUCUGCAGAGGAGAUAAAGAAGGCGUACAGGAAAUUGGCGCUGAGGCAUCAUCCUGAUAAGAACCCAGAAAACCCAGAGGCUGCUGAGAGAUUCAAGGAGAUCAACAACGCCAACUCCAUUCUCAAUGACGAGAACAAACGGAAGAUCUACGACGAGUACGGCUCCAUGGGCCUCUACGUGGCGGAGCAGUUUGGCGACGAGAGCGUUAAAUACCACUUCCUCAUGACUAAGUGUUGGUUCAAGGCACUUGUGGUGUGCUGCAGUAUUUUCACCUGCUGCUGCUGUUUCUGCUGCUGCUGUUUCUGCUGCGGGAAGUGCAAAUCGCCAGAAGACGGGGAGGAUUUUGCCUACAUGGACCCUGAGGACCUGGAGGCAGAGAUCAGAGAGCAGGAUGCAGCAGGAGAUCAUGUCAUAAUUAUUCAGCCGAGCCCUAGUGCUGCCAGUGACAAACCAGGUGAGAACACACCAAUUGUGAUUCAGCCUCAAACGACUUACGACACCUCGGGGCCCGGAGCCGCCCAGCUGGACCAGUCCACCUGUAAGGAGUGAACACCUGAAUGAAUGAAUGAAUGAACGAGCUGGUCGAGUCGUGCCAGUGCUGAGAGCUUCAGAUUCUUGACUGUCAUAAAACCAGGUCAUGGCUGAUGAUGAAUUUAAACACGGUGUCUGUGUGUGUGGGUUUGAAUCAUCACAGAGGUGUUUUUGUUUACAUGAAUUUGAUUGUGCCAUAGUUCUUUUUUUCUUUUUUUUUUCCUUUUUAAAUACCAGUGGGUUUGUCUUUGAUCCAGUGUCAUAUUUAUUUUUUUAAACAUUUUAUUUUUGAAUAUUGGGCAGUAUCUGUGCUGGAGUGACAAAUGACAAAUUCAUGCUGAUCAAAGCUCUGGAAUAACAGUUCUUCAUGUGCACUUUAAAAUCAUAAGUUUUGUAUUUAAAAUCCUAAAGCUGCCACAUUUCUCUGAGAACAUUCAGACUCACGGGUCAGAAAUGUUUUAAUGUUUUCUUUUUUUUUCAAAAGGCCAAUUCAUGUUUCUCAGAUUGUUAGAGGACAACCACUUGGAGAUUUACGAGGUGUUCAGUCAGACUGCACAUAGAUACGUAUUGUAGAAACAAGAAAAAUGGCUUACGAGUCGCGUAUUCGCCCGACAGUCUGUACAAAGCCCAGUGAGAAUUAAUAAUGUAAUGCUCACAGGACUUUGAGGAAUAAUUCUACAUUUUGUGAGACUUUCUUCUUUAGAGUUAAAGAGAAUAUCGACACCUCUCUUCACGUUUGUUCAUUAUGCUGCAUUCAUGUCGUAUGCAACUGAUGGUAGAGACGGGAAAGAAUCCCAUGUUAACAACUUUUAUAUAUUCGUUAAAGUUGGAUUUAAUUGCCAGGAACAAUAGACCUUGGUUUGAUGUGAGGCGUCCGUAUUUGUUCAUGAAACAGAAUAUGUGGACAAGGUUUAGUUCGAAGAGGGAUUUAAAUCAGAUUCUGCAGAAUUGAUUGGAUCACUAAAGAGUGGGCGUGGCUUAGUGAGAACAGCGUGAUAUGGAGCUGCAGGACCGUUCUCCAAAAUGCAGUUUUAUAUGAUCACUAUUUAAGGCCAGUUUCAUGGUUCCAGCUUUCCCUUGGAGGGGCGUGGCCUGUUCAUACUGCAGUCAGGGCGGUCCUGCGUGCAUGGACACAUUCCACAUGACAGCACAUGGCUCCUUUGUUCGUUUCAUUUGGCAGAGCAACAUGAAAAAGUCAAUAAAAUGUUAAUAGCUUAAUGAGAAUGGGACCCAGGAUGGAAAUGAACAACACAUACACACACAGUGCAUGAAUCGACCAUCCAGACGUGGAAACCGUGAAUUGGGUUUUAGCUAGUUGCUCCGAAUCACAUUUAAUUGGAUAAAUUUCUGUCACUUCACAGGAUAGUGAACAGUUUAGACAUAAAAUUGCUCAAAAAGGGUUUUUCUGACUCAUGUAACAGGAGAUACAUGAAUCAUCAGCACAGACAGAGGAUUGGAAAUGGUUUGACUUGAACAGAACUUUGUAGUUGGAAACUGGUACUUACAAAUAACUCAUUAGGUAUAUAGCUGGCACCGGGAGGUGAUUAGCCUAGCUUAGCAUAAAGAAAGGAAGCAGGGGGGGGAAACAGCUUCCCUGGCUCUGUCCAUAUAUCAAAAACAAACCUCUAACGUCAACUUUCAGGAGUCUUGCUGUCACAAAAAGGUUUCCAACCUGGGUUAUAGUUGGAGAUGCUCUGUACAGAAGUACUGGGCGGAUGGAUAAACCGCUGUUUGUAAAGAAAUAGUUCCAGCUGGGAACUCGCCCUAAAACCACAGCUUGUUGUUUUUACACAACAUGUUGAUGAGUGAGGUUUAGAGAUGUUGCUAGGCAUAUUCUUGAAGUUUGCACAGAGCCAGACUAACUGUGUCCCCCAGUUUCCACUCUCUACGCUAAGCUAGGCUAAUCAGCUCCAGGCCCUGGCCUCAGCUUCACCGCACAGACACGAGAGUGAUAUCGAUCUUCUCAUAAGGACGCUUGCAGAAAUUAAGCGCAUUCUCCAAAAUGUGGAACUAUUCCUUUUUAAGAGAGCGAGUCACAGCUCUGUCGGUUAGUUUGCUGUAUCUGCACAUUUAAUGACCUCAAGGAGAAAAACACAAAGGGGGGGGGGGGUAAUUUAACAGGUUCUGAU